UACUCUCUCUCACUCUCUUGUAUUAAGUUACAUUACAAUUAUAUGUGUAUGUAUAUUGAUGUAUUUGUAAUACAGGCUUCUGCUUCUUCUUCUUCUGCUGCUACUUCCUUAUACUUCCGUCUACUUAGAGUUGUUGUGUACUGAAUUCCUGCACUGUAGUACUCUGCAACACUGACUCUGUUGUUGUUGAAGUAGAGCUGUGCAGCUAUGGCGGCGCAUCACUCUGCCUGACAGACAGACAGACACCGCCACUCUGCUCCCAGCUCUCUCUACCUCUCUCUCUCUCGCUUCCCCAACCUCGCCAUGGAUCGCAUUCAUACCUCGCUCGCCCUCGUGGCCCCUUAUUAGUCAACUCUUCCACCUGCUCAAUCUCCCUCACCAUCCUCCGAUACAUCCCUCCUCACUCACUCACUCACUCACUCACUCUAUCUCUCUCUCUUCACUACUUCUCAGUUGCACUCCCGAUCGUUGUGUUUCUGUUUUGUUUUGUUUUUUGUAAUGUGGGUGCUUAUGGAGCGAGAGGUGGAUUAGUUGUUCCAUCUCAUGGGGUUCACUUGGAGUGUGUUGUUGUUGUGUGCAUUGUGAGGAGCGAUGUGUUGCGAUCAUUUGACGUCAUUUGACGUGGAACCGAUUGUUGGGGUGCUUCAGUGUUUCUGCUCUUGCUUCUCGGUCUCUUCUCGAUUGUGAGAUCUUGAGCUUCUGUUGGAUGGGGACUAAAUGGCACUGUGUAAGUCGAUCGACUAUUUAGAGCCGUAGAGGGGAUGGACAGCACUUAGAGUGCUGAUGCGAGCCGCAACUCAUCCCUUGAACGUGCUGCAUUUUAGUUCCGAGUGCAUUUUCCCCGUAGCUGGAGCUCAAACAGCACUGACAUCCUCUCUGACUCAAACUUCCCCCCCAAAUUUGCGCACACUAUCAUUACGUGAAGCCAAAACGCUACAGUCCCAAGAUUCAUUCCGAGAACAUGGCAUCGGUUUACUCUGAUGCUGGAGACAUGUUGUCGCGAGCUAGCAAUGUUACAGCCUACGAGGAUCACAUUGGCAUGGUCUCGGCUGAUAUUCAUAGCAAUGUGCAGCACCUUCGCACAGAUCACUCCCGAGGCUUUAUAAUGGAGAGGUUCUUGCCUGCAGCGCAAGCUAUGGCGGCAGCCAGAGGAGAAUCCUCCUCAACAUCCACAAUCAGUUCAUCUCUGCCAGCACCAGAUAAAAUGCCACAUCGUAAUUCCAGUGCACGCUUUGUAUCAAGCAAGACUUCCAAGAGUCGGUAUAUUGACGAAGUCAAGCAAGAUGUGCGCCGCGAGGACUUCGCCAACGACGGCGACGAACUCACAAAGGCGUGCGGGUUUCCGCUUCACUUCGGGAGGCUGACUCUCCAACAUUUCCGGUUGAGCUUCUGGACAUCGAGAUCAGUGCGCGGGCGCAAAAGCAAGUCGAGGAGUCAGACGCCGACGAAGCCUAACCUCCAGGAGAAUGUCGCGACUCAAGCGGAGGCGAGUGACAACUCCGAAGAGAUGUUCUGGUCCGAUGAGGAGGGGUUCGACAACGCAGUCACUGCUGGCUGUGAUGCGCAAGGGACAGCAAAUGACCGAGACGAGAAGAAGCGUCUAGCGCAGGAGAUGCUCAGGGACGAGGUAUUUCCAAUUCGGAUGCACUCCAUGGAGACGGUGCACACACCGAAUCAUCGAGGGUUUCUAGGUUUACCCAAAACAGCGACGAAAUUCGAAAUCGAAGAGGCAGAGCGCACUGGGCAAGUGGAUCGCCUGGGAGCGCGGCUGACGCGAAUGAUGAGCAAGACGAACUACAUGGAGCCACGGGUGGGUGCGUCUCGCAUGAAUGAGCACGAGGAAACUGAUUUAGGAAGAGAGUUUAGUUCCAGCCAAGGACACUCCGCCACCACUUCGUCCUCCUCGGUGGAAGCGCCUCCGGCACAAACCAAAUGGCUGGACGCGGUGUCGAAAUUGUUGCCCCCUCCGUCUCCCAAGAUGCCUUCGCAGUCAUGGCUGUCCAGCGCGCUCCCCCCAGAGCGCUACUUGGAGGUGAAGAAGCUUUCUCGCAAGUCGCUCGGCAGCUUCAUUCCCAUCAAACCUCCACCAAAACCUUCAUCGUCCACCGGCAAGCACCCUUACUCAUGCGAGGAGGCUGUAUCGAUCCCCAUUCGGCAGUCGUGCAGUUUGAAGGAGCAUUUGCAAGGCAGGUACGAGGAUGCGUAAAAACAUGAGUGCCGUGAGAGAUCUACAGCUCCUCUAACCUCACACCAAUCCUUGCAACACCACACCCUCGACAAAGAUCCACUUCGAUUGCUACUGUGACAAGUUCUGAAAUCACGGGCCACACACUAAAAGUGCUGGCUUUCUAGAUGACGGAGUUCAGCUGUCUGGGUUCUCAUCGCACCAGCUAGCUCAACACUUAUCGUGUUUCAAAGUCACGUCCUCAAGUCACCUUAUCUGCGUACCGACUGCGAUGUUUCCACACUGUUUCAGAUACAAAACACUUGCCUUGCAAUAUUCGAUUCCGGUGCCGAAUUUUUCACCGACAACUGUAUCAAGCCUUGUCACGCGCGGACCCAUGUUUGAUCUUUUAACUAUCCAGGGACUCUCUCGCAGUGAGAAUUUCCUAAUGUAUAAUUCCCUACAAAUUAGCUUGUAAAGACUGAAUUUUGUUAUCACUUCGAUGAUCAACAGCAUCGACUUCGCGGAUUUCCUCCCA